AUGCCCCGCCCCUUUUGUCUGAAUUCUGUGUUUCUCACCUGGAUGCCCCGCCCCUUCUGUCUGGAUACUGUGUUUCUAACCUGGAUGCCCCGCCCCUUCUGUCUGAAUGCUGUGUUUCUAACCUGGAUGCCCCGCCCCUUCUGUCUGAAUGCUGUGUUUCUAACCUGGAUGCCCCGCCCCUUCUGUCUGGAUGCUGUGUUUCUCACCUGGAUGCCCCGCCCCUUCUGUCUGGAUGCUGUGUUUUUAACCUGGAUGCCCCGCCCCUUCUGUCUGGAUGCUGUGUUUCUCACCUGGAUGCCCCGCCCCUUCUGUCUGGAUGCUGUGUUUCUAACCUGGAUGCUCCGCCCCUUCUGUCUGGAGGCUGUGUUUCUCACCUGGAUGCCCCGCCCCUUCUGUCUGGAUGCUGUGUUUCUCACCUGGAUGUCCCACCCCUUCUGUCUGGAUGCUGUGUUUCUCACCUGA